AUGUGUAUUGUUCUUUUUUUAUCUGAUAAUGAAUAUAUAUAUCCAGGUGGAAUUUCGAAUGAUACAGAUGGUAAAUCUAUUCAAGUUCAUGCAACUGCUCUUCUUAUUGAUCCAAUUGAUAAAUCAUAUUGGUGGUAUGGAGAAUCUCUUAAAACUGCAACAUUAUCUGAUCAUGAUAUUCAUUGUUAUCAUUCAAAAGAUCUUAUAAAUUGGAUAAAUAUAGGUCAAGUACUUGGACAAAAACAAAUUUUUAUUAAAGAUCUUUCAGGUCCAUAUGUUAUUGAAAGAGCAAAAGUUGUUUGGAAUAAUAAAACAAAAUUAUUUGUUAUGUGGUUUCAUCUUGAUAGUUAUGAUUAUAAAUAUCGUUAUGUUGGUGUGGCAAUAUCACCUAUACCAAAUGGAAUAUUUUAA